CAAGGCCUCCCAAUGGAGCUCCAAGAAAACGAACGCGAGGGUCUGGCUCUACUCGGCCCUGCUCACCCUGCAAUAUGGAGCUCAGCCUUUGAUCUCCAAGCGCUUCAUCGGGGAUUUGAGCUUUUGGCGUAGUUUUGGAUGGAUAAGAUUAGCAAGGAGUUGAGAGGUGAUUCGGUGGUUCAAUUAAAAAUAUUGAAGUGACUGUUGGAAGCCUUGAAAGGAAAAGAAGUUAUUGUGACAUCAUCUGUUUUGAUGUGCGAGAUAGCAAAGGUAAUAUGUGCCUUAAUUGUCAUGGCAAAAGAUGGCAGUUUAGAGAAAGUUUACAAUGAGUGGACUUUGGUUGGUGCGUUGACUGCAUCAGGACUUCCUGCUGCAAUAUAUGCACUGCAAAAUAGUCUACUGCAGAUUUCUUACAAGAAUCUUGAUUCACUCACCUUCUCAAUACUGAACCAGACAAAAAUAAUUUUCACUGCUUUGUUUACAUACUUGAUUUUGAGGCAGAAGCAAUCAAUUCAACAAAUUGGGGCCCUAUUCUUGUUGAUAGUUGCAGCUGUUCUCCUAAGCAUAGGUGAAGGCUCUAGGAAAGGAUCUAGAAGUGGUAGCUCUGAUCAAAUAUUAUUUUAUGGAAUCAUUCCUGUAUUGGUUGCUUCUUUACUCUCAGGACUGGCUUCUGCUUUAUGUCAAUGGGCUUCUCAGGUUAAGAAACACUCAUCAUACUUGAUGACUGUAGAAAUGUCUUUUGUUGGAAGCCUGUGCUUGUUGAUUAGUACCUCUAAGUCUCCAGAUGGAGAAGCUAUCAGACGGCACGGAUUCUUAUAUGGUUGGACUCCUCUCACUUUGAUACCAGUUCUAUCCAAUGCCUUCGGUGGAAUUCUUGUUGGGCUAGUUACAAGCCAUGCCGGAGGUGUUAGAAAGGGGUUUGUCAUUGUUUCUGCACUUAUUGCCACGGCUUUGCUGCAGUUCGUUUUUGAAGGGAAACCGCCUUCAUUUUUCUGUCUUGUGGCUCUGCCACUGGUGCUUUGUAGCAUUUCAAUAUACCAGAAAUACCCGUACCAAGUUAAAAAGAAGGAAUCAUAAAUUGUCACCAUGUUAGCACGAGGGAAGCUGUUUGAUUAGCCCCUCAGCAAUUGAUAGGGUUUUUCUCAAGUGUUUCGUCAGGUACAUUAUGAUUUAUUUUUCCUUUUUGAGAGAGUCGGGUACACUUAAUGAAGGGAAUUGAGAAGGCUUUCUAUGAUGCUUUCAUCAAAUCCGCAAGGAUUUUGCUAUUUUUAUGAGCAGUGACAAUCUUCUUCUAAGAUGUUCAAUUUCAUUUUACUGUGUAAUAAGAAGAAUGGCUGUAUCAGUACGAGCUUUAGAUAGCAAGAAGAAAUCAGAUAAAUCAUAAAUACAUUUAGAAUCCAUAGAA